UUUGGAAAAUUAUAGACCAUUUAACAGUUAACAAAGCUUUUAAUGAUUGCCCCUCCCCUCCCCAACUUCUUCAUGAAACAAAGGCCUUCCUUCCUUCCUUCCUUCCUUCCUUCCUUUCUUUCUUUCUCUUUCUUCAUUAACACCCUUUGGUGAUACCGUAUGCUUGUGGAUCUUGGAACAUCACAGUUUCCAAAGAACAAAAGGUGAAAAUCCCUUACAGGGCAAUGAAGAGGCACAUGGUGGGUAUGAACAGGUUGCCGCCUGUUAAUCAAGCAAGGACAUCAGUCAUGAUCAGAAGAGGUGGGCUGGUCAUGUUUCGAGCAGGAGAUAUAACUGAUGGAAAAUCCAUGCUUUAUGGGACGAAAGUCAUCCAGAAGAGAGGGCAUGGAUGGGUCAUCAUUUGCACCCUUGGAGGGAGUACCCAUGUUGAUCAAAUCCAUUGUCAUAUUGAAGAAUCUGGUUUUGAUCACCCAGUGACUGAAGCUUGAGGUCACAGAGGGAUGUGCUUUGAAUCCCAAGGUCUCUUUCCAUUCUGACAUGUUCUGAGCCUCUACAUGUCCAUUAGGCAAUUGGAGCCAGGGUUUACUUGGCUCCCUAAACUAAGUCUCUCAAACCUUAAGAAAUCAUCUCACCCAGGUCCCCUAGCCCAGCACCGAAGGAAGGGACUGUGCAGAAGAGGGACUGAUGCUUCUCUUGGUGUCUCAGACUUGCAUCCACAUUGGGAAGAUGUCCAUUUUACAGAAACGGUCUACUUGUACAUAGAAACAGACAGACUCCAGACUUUCUGCAAUGACCCUCAUGCGCCCUAUUCUCCAAAGGCCCAGCUCCAACCUCACUCCCUUCCUGGUCCUUCUCCUUCUCUAACCCCUCCAGUCUUCCCUUAACUUCUCUGAGUAAUAGUAAUAUAAUAGUGCUAAUGUAAGUGUCCAAAGUGCUUUCCUCAUAACACCACAGUCACUCAAGGAAGACUGUGAAAAUUUCCUUAUUUUUCCUUACCCUCCCCAUAUGAUUUGCCUAAGGUCAGACAGUCACUGCGGCAGGACUCCCAAAUCCCACUAAGACCUAGUAUCUUUGCACACUUUGAAGUGUGGCACACACUAAUGCUUGGAUGUCUAUGUCUGUGCUAAGGACCAAACCAGGCCGCGGAUCAGGGGGAAAGAGGAAGGCUGAAACGCUGGGCUCGUCUCCUCCUGCUUAUCAGCUCCUCUCCUCUCCUGCCUCCCAAAGGCUCGCCAGUCAGGCUUCCCCAGCUCUUGUUCGCAGACAGUUAAGUGAAUUUGGGAGCAGAACAGAGGGCCCUCCCUCCGGCUGUUCUCUCUCAGCCUCCCCCAACCCCAGGACUGCACAUCUGCUGGUGCCACGUGACGCAGCAGCAGCUGGCCUCUUUGCUUCCCUCCCCUCCCCGGGGCCGGGGUUCUUCCCCUGCCAACGUUGCACUCGCAGGCCCCAGCUAGGCGCUGGGGUUGCCCAGGCUCCGUAUGCCCGUCCCCAGCGACCCAAAUGCCGGAGGCAGGAGGGACCGCGGGUGUCCCGGGGUCGGCCAAGCGAAACCCAGUGGCCCGGGCCUGGCUCCUGAGACAGACGUGAGUGCGCUGGCGGUCAUUGGAGGUGCGGGCUCUUGAUCUAGGCUCUGGGGGGCCAAGACCAUGAGGCUGAGGCGGAAGGCGGACGCUGCGCUCACCUUGCUCCUGGCCACCGCCCUCUGUUUGCUCCUUUACUCGCAGCGAGAGCAAGGGGCCCCCGCGGCCAGCCUGUCCAGCGCCCAGGCCAGGAUGGUCACUGGCCCAGCCCCGCUGCCCCUACCCACGCGCCCUGGCUGGGGGCCAGAGGUGGUGCGCGCCUUUCCAGCUGCCAGGGCUGAGCACCCGAUCUACGAGGCGGACACGCCAGCGCCCCCGACGCCCUCGGGGCCCUUCGACUUUCGCCGUUACCUGCAGGACAAGGACAAAAGGCGCUUCCCGCUCCUCAUCAAUCAGCCGCAUAAGUGUAGGGGGCUUCCAGGAGGUCCAGGGCCAGACUUGCUUAUCGCUGUCAAGUCUGUGGCCGCAGACUUCGAGCGGAGGGAGGUCGUGCGAAAGACCUGGGGUGCAGAGGGGCACGUGAGCGGGGCGCGGGUGCGGAGGGUCUUUCUGCUGGGCAUUCCUCGGGGCCCGGCGGGGGCGGGGGCGCAGGCCCACGAGGGCCUGCUGCGGGCUGAGGGCCACGCCUAUGGGGACAUCCUGCUCUGGGCCUUCGAUGACACUUUCUUCAACCUGACCCUAAAGGAAAUCCACUUCCUGGACUGGGCGUCCACCUUUUGCCCCGACGCGCGCUUCGUGUUCAAGGGCGACGAUGACGUGUUCGUGCACGUGGAGAACCUGCUGGAGUUCAUAGCGACACGGGACCCGUCCCAGGACCUUUUGGCGGGGGACGUGAUCCUGCAGGCGCGGCCCAUCCGCGCUCGGGACAGCAAAUACUAUAUCCCGGAGAGGGUGUACGGGCUGGGCGCCUACCCUGCGUACGCGGGAGGCGGGGGCUUCGUGCUGUCCGGAGCCACGCUGCGGAGGCUGGCCGCCGCCUGCGCCCAGGUGGAGCUCUUCCCCAUCGAUGACGUCUUUCUGGGCAUGUGCCUGCAGCGUCUCCACCUGGUGCCCGAGGCACACCAGGCGUUCCGCACCUUUGGCAUAGCACGGCCCUCGGCCGCCCCCCACCUGCGCACUUUUGACCCCUGUUUCUAUCGGGAGCUCGUGCUGGUGCACGGGCUGUCAGCAGCCGACAUCUGGCUCAUGUGGCAGAUGCUGCACACGGUGCCAGGGCCCGACUGCGCUCGAAGACGCACGGCCCCAAAGCCCUUCCGCUGGGGCUCCUAGCUGCUGAGCCAAGCGUGGGACCCGAGGAGAGGCGAAGUGGAGAAGAAGUGGGGUUCCUCCCAGCCCUGCUUCGAGUAACAUUCCUCAACCUCAUUUCCUUGCCUGUAAAAUGAAGGCCCUUCUAACUCUAAAUCCGUUGCUUGCGGGUAACAAGCUUACUUUUAAUUAUCUGGUGCGUAGAUGCUAGCAGGGCAGAAGGAAAACAUUUUCUUUGAUACCAAUUUUCACCAUCUAUCGAUACAUCGAAUAUUUAAGUGUCUCUAUCCAAAGCACUGGAAAGACAAAAGCCAACUGGUCCCUUCCCUCAAAGAUCUCCCGUUCACAACGUGUGCAUAUAUAGGUCUGAAUGAGAACAUACCAUUAAAUACAAAGGAGGGGAAGGCACCGGGGUAUGUGGAACAUUAUUCCAUUUCCAGCAAGGAGCGUUUAACCCAAUUAAGGCUUAAGAGUUUAAAAGAAUCCUAAACAUCUUUCAGGCCCCAAUUAGGAAAGUUCUGCUCACACUAGUUACAUCCUUGGCUGGCCUGGGCUGAGCUUUCUGUAAAGAAUCUCUGGGCAGGGAGAUGUAAUUUUCAUACUUGGUUCAUCCUGGAUUGCACAAUAACUUCUUCACACAGGUCCGAUUUUCAAGUCCUGGACUGCAGAGUCAGCCCCAGACCCCGUCAGCCCUGUCCAGGCCACGAGCCAGUCAUAAAGAGUGUGUACUUGGGGCAGCUUUUGGGGGAAAGAGCCACAAAUCCCAGCUGUUUUCUGAGUUUGAGGGGAUCCUCUCCCGCCCUCUGCCUCUCUUAUCCGAAUGCAGUCAAGCUCUCUGCCUUUCCAUACCCCUUCUUUUUCUCAGCCUACACAUUACCUCUCUCGUAUGCCUUAUUUCUGGGCUGCGCUCCUGAUCUAGUUCUUGCCAGCAACAAUGGCAGAAUCCAGCCUCAUGUGUGUGCAGAAAGGUGCUUUCAGGGAUACAUUUGGGGUGUGUGAAUGAAGAAGUCCUUAACGUCCCUUUCAGCUUCCAAUCCUAACUUCUUGUUACCAGGGUUUAGUCCGUUUUAUUUUUCCCUCUCCAGCAUCUUCAGUCAUUGUUUCUGACUUCACACAAGCCUCAAAUUUGCACUAACUUGGACAGAGAAUUUGGUCAAACUGAGGGGAGGUACUGUCCAGACUUCCAGGGCUAGUGCCAUUCUUUCUAAGGUUACCCUUCCUCUACUAAUCUCAGGUAGGCCUUUUUUUAUGUGCAUCUCUUCUAGUUGGAACUCUUUGAAGGCCUCUUUUUGCUUUUUCUCUGUAUCCAGGGCAGUGAAACUGGUGCCUGGCACACAGUAAGUGCUUAAGGAAAGCUUCUUGAAAAUACCUGAACCUACCUGCCCUUUCCCCAUCCAUUACAUCGGCCUUAUUCCUCAAGUAGAUUGUUCCUGGAGGGAGCCAUCAUAUUCUGGACAACUUUCUGAAGUUUCAACACUUUCUGCAAGAAUCAGGACCAGAUGGUGUGAGUGAGUGAGUCUGUGCAUGUAUAAAAAUGGCAUCACAGGUUGAGGGAUGUUUAAAGUUGAGGAAAGACUGGUCCAGAAAAGUUAACCUGACACAAAUGAAAAGAGCGCAGCACAGUUAUCAAAACCCCGGUGUCUGGACUCUAAACCUAGCUUUCUUUCUACUGCACCACAAUGCCUUGGCCCUGUCAUUUCCCUUAUCUGUGAAAUGGGCCAGCAGAAGUUCUCAGAAAUCUCUUCCAGUUCCUGGGGUCAGCACCAACAUUCAUUGAUUCAGAGGGCUCCCACCUCCCCCCAGCCCUCUUUUAUUUGAGGGCAGGGUCUAUCUUUGAAUCCUGAGUCCCCAUUCUCUCUACCCAUCAGCCCCUCCCAGGGCCUUGUGAAAAGCAGUCAUUUAAUCAGAACCUUAGGAAUCUGCAGGCUCUUGGAGAAAUGACAGAUGUAGUACUUUUCUCAGAGGAGCUAGAUCUAAAAGUGAAUCCUUGGAAAAAAUCAAAGAGGGAGAAGCGGGACCAAUUUUCUGAGUUCUCCCUUUGAAAUGCCAUUGGUGAUCUGGGCAUGGUCAUUUGUGACUGAGGUACCAUCUAGUUUGGAAGGGGGAAGCUGGCCUAGGACAGUCCUUUACAGAGGCCAAAAAGGGGGGAGGUGAGUGGGCUGAUCUGAGGGGUCUGAGGUGCAACAAAGUCUAUGGUGUGAGAAGCUGGGAACAGAUGAGGCAGACAUGUUUGCUGGGGACUUGGGGCAUAUCUAGACCCAACCUGGUGAUAAAAGUGGUAUGAUGGUGAAGCACAAGGAAACUUCACAGCUAAGAGACAAGGAAAGAUCCUUGAAUAAGAAGACUCACAACUCUGGCCCCCUUCCACAGCAAGAGGGAGGGAGUGCCCCUCUUGGGAAGGCCAAGAUGUCCACUGACCCACCUGAAGACACUGCUUCAAUUCCUAUGGCCACAGCUGGAGGCGUACAGGAAUCCCAACUUGCCCAUCCCAACCGAGCCAAGUUUCUGGCAGAUGCUAGAAUCUGCCCUCCCAAGUCAAGGGCUCCCAGGGGACCACUGUGAUCCCAUACCCAGAAAACCAUCAAAAGGAUGUGACCAAAAAGCCAUCACACUCAGUCACUGUGCUGUGCACCAGCCAGUGCCUGAGGGAGAGCUCCACUUUAUUAGCCUUUUGGGACACAUGCACCUCUGGGGAAUGUACAGGGGCCAGAGAACAAAGAUGAUUAGAAGUGAGGAGGGACGACAGGGCAGGUAGGGCAAGCAGGCAAGGGGUCACCUACAAGAAAGGUGGCUCCUAACAGUCCUUUCUUUUCUUGGCCCUCGGCAGGUGGAUUCCCAACUGUGGUUUCAGUCAGACAGUCUAGAAUGUCACAGCCCAUGGGAAGAUGACACGGUAACAGGGAUGCCACACACACACACACACACACACACACACACACACACACACAGAGCAAUGUUCCCCUGGUCCUGGAUCCAAAAACAUUAGGUACCAGUCUAUUUUCUCAUUCUUCAGUAAACUAUUUAGGAUUAUACUGUACAUGAGUUAAAGUUACAAAAAUGUCUUAUUUACAAAAAUCUGUACACACAUUUGAAAAACCUCACAAAAUUUUCUAUGUAUCACAAGUUGCUACAUCAAAAUAUUAAAAAUGGGAUAAAAUUA